ACUUCCAAGAAACUCGAGCAGCCGGAAACUCGUGAAAGUGAAGGUUGAGGGAUUCUUGUUAAAAUGGAAAAGGUACCCGUUGUUUUGUAAGUGUUAUACUAAGUUAUAACUUAAAAACGUCAUGGUAGUGAACGAUUGCUUAAUUUAAAGAUGCGAAAGCCAAAAUCACUCUGAUAAAUUUUACAAUAAGCUUUACAACUGAAUAUCAGGACGUAACAUGUCGAUAAUUCCGAUAGUCGCUAAAAAUCGAUCGUUGUCGAUAAAAGUCGAUACUAAAUAAUCGACAAAUAUCGGAAAUCGAUAAAAGUCGAUCACAAAAUUUCUUGUAAUUAUCGAAAGAUAAAAAACGAUCAUAUGUAGAGCUAUGUAUGUUUCAAUGUUUUAUUUUGCACUGUAACUAGAGCUUGACAUGUUGAUGUAGAUAGAAGUCGAUAAAAGUCAAUACAAAUCGAUAGCCAGCCCUGAGAACUUUGUGAUUAUCGACUUUUAUCGACAAAUUAAACUAAUCAAUCGACAAUUAUCCAGCACUAUCGACUUAUCGCCUAGCUUUCCGAUGAUCGAUUUCGAUCGACAUGUUAUGUCCUGUGAAUAUGGAAUUGGUGUGCCGGGCGUAAAGCAUUAAUAAACAAAGUAAGCUAGAACUAUAAAGCCAUGCAUAUUAACAUUCAAUUUGCUAAAUUCUACUCAUAGUGAAAGUGGUAAAAUUGCUAAAAACUAUUUGCAGCCAGUAUGCCAAUCUAAGCUGAACUGUUUUAAUGAUAUUAAUAUUUACUUAUUUUGAUUUCUCCCAGUGAUUACUUUAUAUUUUAUUUUGUUUUGAAAAUUCUCUUACUGUCUUGUUGCACUCUCUUUCCAUUCUGUUUUAUCUAAAGUAUGAUCUGUGAUCAAACUCACCAAAAACAUUAAUGAAAAAAUAUGUGCAUUUCAUUCAAACAAAAUUUAACAGAGUGGGGAGAGCGGCUGUUCUGAACAAAAUAUGCUUAUCUUAUUCUCCUGAAAAAAUUUGAGAAAAGUAGAUGCACUAGAGGACCUAGUCCAGGAAAAUUUUAGAUCAUUUGUCUGUAAGAAAGUGCGGGGAAAAUUACAGACAAAUAUAUGGAAAAUCUAAAGCAAGCCUCUGGAAAAUUACAGGCCCCAAAAGGGACAAUAUAUUUUUCAAAGGCCAAUUGAUAUUUUUUUCAGAGGGGCUUUUUAUUUUUUAGAUUCUCAUACAAACUUAUAAUUUCGAAAGGGCUUAUGUCAAGAUGGAGGGAAACCGUGACAAGGUUUUAUUCAAUCAAUUGGGUAGUAGUAGAUCAGUUGCUGGGAAAUUUCGUAAAAUUCCGUUUUUGCUUUAUUUUUCAAACUUAUUUUUGAAUUUUGGGGCUUAAAUUGAAGGGGCUUAUGCAAGCCCCAGUGGGGCUUAUAUUCAGAGGGGCAAUUUAACGGAGGGUUUUUUGUGUUACAUGUUUUGGGGGGGCAUACUAUAUUUGGGGAGGCUUGUACAUGGAGGGGCUUAUUUUCGGAAUUUUACAGUGACUUCUGAAGCUCACUUGCCCAAUGGCCAGGGUUCAGGCAUGUCAUCCUCUAACUAAAUCAUUAACUAAGACAAGCAAGAAGAGGUUCCAGGCAAGCAAAAUGUGAGAGCUGCCUACCCAAAGGACAAGCUGGAAUUCAAGUUUGUUUUGAGCCCUAUUAAAAAAACAAAAAUCUGUUGAAAAUCAUGACCAGGCCACUGGGCCAUGGGCCCACUUUUAGGAAAACCCCUAGAGAGAAUAACGGAAAUUGAGCCCACUUAAUGAUUUGACAAAACUCAAAACUUUUUUAACACAUUUACUCCCAAGCUGAUGACAUUUUGCAAACAUCUGGUCAUCACACAAUUCAGUCAGAGAAUAUCUCACAUAUUUUUUCUAUCUUUCUCUUGUUUUAAGCCAAACGCUUUUGCUUCCAUCUGACGUAAACAGAUAAUUGGGCUAUAGCCUUGUUAAGGGGUAGAAAUGAAGAAAUUAUUUGAAAAAGCCAAACUUGAGUAUAAGUUCAAAAAGGCUGGUGAGGGACAUACCUUGGAGGGUGGAUCAUCAUCAUCAUCAUCAUCAACACAACAGGCUUCUACUUCACAAACUCCAGCCUCCAGAACUGUACCAAGCUCAGAUGCACAAAGAGCAGGCCAGGUGAGUAUGGACAUUUAAUUCUUUUGAUCAAUGCUCUAAUCAAUCCUGCGACUCACGUCAUGAAAAAUUGUGAGUUGCAGUUUAAGAUCAGUGUACUAUGCUAGUCCAAAAACCCAUGAUUUUACUGGAAUAUAUGUAAGGAAAAGUUUCUGUUUAUUUGUUCAGAAAUAGCUUACUUCUGGAAUUUUAUUAUAGCAGAGUUGAGAGAUGGUAUUGCUCUCUUGACUUAAGGAAGGUUUUGAUUACAGAUUUAAAGUAACAAACAAGAUAGUCUUUCAAAUCAUCUUCAGACUGCUCAAUCAGUAGAUGCAUGAGCCAUGAGCAAAACAUGUGACAGGAUUACAAACAGUGUGUUCCCACAUGGGUGUAAGGGGUGGGUUAUUAUGUAUGUAUGAGGUGUAUAGGCAGCUGUUGACCUUUUGUGUGUGUGUUACAGGUCAAAAUUAUAUUCAGGUUAAAAUGUUUUAGCCUAGGUCAAUUUACUUUGUCUCUUAGACCUAAUUCAUGAAUAAUUAGGCCUAGGAGACAAGAAAACAGAGCAUCAAUCUGGUUGAAAAAAUUUUAGCCUGAAGAUAAUUUUGCCUUGUAACAUAAUUAUGUUUAAUCAUGGACAGUUUCUUUCUCUUGUUUUAUAGAUAUCUCUAUAAUGUCACAGUUUUUUAUGUACAUUAAGGAGCGUCAAAGUUAUAAUAGUUAUUAUUAAUUUCACUAAUAGGCUGCCUUAGAGAGAUUUUCUAGUUAUGAAAAAAAUGCAGUGAGACGUCCAAAGUCAGCAACAGCAACAUGGAAGAGCAGAGAGCCAGCAACAGCAGCAUCACAAGGAUCAAGCUCUGGUGAUGCUCUGGACCUUGCUAAGUUAAAGAGAGAAGGUGAUUUACUGAAAGAAACGCUCUUUGAUGAAUCUUUGAAUUAUAAAAUAUUGUAAUGUGAUUAAUAUAUAUAUUUAAUUAUAUUAUUAAUUUAGAAAUGUGUUUAUUGUUAAUUAGGAUAUUGUUUAUAAAAUAGUGUUACGUUUGUUUUACGUGUUUGUUGUAGUAAUUGUUGUUUAGUUAUUGUUUUGCUUUGUUUUUCCCUUGUAAAAAGUAACUAGUCUUCUUUAGCUGCCAUUUGGUUGGGUGGGUAGUUUCUGUGAGUCAUUUAGAGAUCAAUACUUUUAAUAUUGUCAGGACAUGAAGUUAUAUUCAAUGGUAAUUCAUAAACUAUUUUGUGUCACUCUCCACUGCAGACUGCACAGUUUAGAUACUCAGGGCCAAGUUGUUUGUAAGAUAAUGCUAUCCACCGGAUAAAUCUGUAUCCAGUGGGUAACAUAAUAUUGGUUUCCUUUUUAAUCCUUAUCCGCUGGGUAGUGAUUUAUCUGGUGGAUAGCGCUAUCCAAGGUUUGAACAACCAAGGCCAGGGUUAUGCUGUGACAAAUGUUUCAUGCAUAUUUUAGUGAGACAUGAGAUGUUGAUCGAUGGAGCUACCCAAGCAAGAAAACCAGUUAAUGUACCUCAGUCUACAGCUGAGGUGAGACGUUGUUAUGAUUACCGGUACAUGUAAUUUCCCUGGAUGUGGAUUAUUAAUUUUCUGGCUCUGAGUCAGGGUUGGCAUGAAGAUGAACGUCUAAUAAACCUUACAAGAUCACCAUUUCAGUCAGACAAGCCAGAAAAGUUCUCAGGCAUAUUGACUUUCAAUAAUAGUAUUUCUUUAAGUAAAACUUAAAUCCUUUAUAGCUUCAAAAUGAUAACCUGUGAACAGAAUUUUAUUAGUCCAGUCAUCAUAUCCAACUACUAGAAGGAUUUCGUUGGAUAUAGGUCAUGUUUUAGACAAUGAGCGAAGGAUGGCUGUUAUAUGCAGCCCUGCAUGUAUUUAUUAACAACCUCACAUUGUUAGGAGCUUUUGGGCCGCAGCUUUUUUUUGUGAAAUAAAAUGCUAUGUCAAGAUUUGGUGUAGCUGGUUAGUGGGUCCUCAUCUGAGGAGUCAGUUAGGAAUCACUUACCAAAGUCAUCGACCCUAAACUUGAUUUCUACCUACAGCCAACUGAAGUUGAUUGUUCAACUGUACAAGCUCAUGAAGGAGUCUACUUCAGUUGUCCUCUUUGUCCAGCCUCAACUUUACAAAGAGAAAUGGAUAAACAUCUGGCACAGUGUCUUGAGAAGGUAAAUAAUGUGUUCUUAAAAUGUAGGUUAAGAGCUAAAGUUUAUUUGUGAUUUUGUGGGGAAGUAAGAUUUGCAAGUGAGAGAAUACAUUCUCUUAUUAUAAUAGCUCUUGCAAUGUAACAACAUUUUGAUGUCAUUGAAUAAGAUUGAUAUAUUUUUGAUGAGCUCAUUAUGUAGUAUGUCAUACAAAUUCAUAAUGAUAAUAAUAAUUGACCAUAAAAACUACUGUAAAUUGUUUUAUUGUGCAUUAAAUUAUUUUACCGUGUUGUAGUUGUUGUGCUCACUUUAUUGAAGGAGUUUUCCUUUUUCUGAAUAGUAAUACUAUGUGUAUUAAUUUCAGCAUUACAAGGAAGAAGCUUUGUCAACCUCAUGCUCAAUGAUUUAUUCACUUAAUAAAGACAAGGACAAAGUGAAGGCUUGUGUUGACGUACUUUGUAGGUAAGAAAGAAAUUAAAGCAAUCAGCUCAUAAGGUACUCCUUAAUUUUUUCAUAGCCAAUGGUAAUCAACAUAGUUACUGGAAGUUACAUGUAGCUCAACUGCAUUCUAGUAUAAAAUAUUUUAUCAGGAGGUUAACAUGUAGGAAGCCUUGGUUGUUUCAUUGCAUAUUUUCUUUAGACAAGACAAUUUACUUUGCAAUUUCUCCCAUAUAUCUGGGACACAAAAAAAACUUAAAGUAACCAGCAACAUACUGAUGAUAAAUAAUGGCCAUAUUUUAAUACAACUUACUACUAUGUCAUUACCAUGCAGCAUACAUGUGCUGCUACACUGCUUAACUGCUUAAAUCUGGUACAUGUAAAGCCAUGCAAACAUGCUGUGUAGUAUGCAUACCAGUAGUAGCUAACCUACAUGCAGAUGUCUCCUCUGUCCUUUGAGCUCAAGGAACAAAGGAAAUACACUGUAGGAGACAUCUUCACCAAGGUAACUCAGCAGUAGCUUGAUAAUACAUUAGGUCUAAUACGGUAAUUACUUUUACUGAAUAUGUUUUGUAAUCUUGUUAACUUGAAUAGGUACCUUGAUAAUAUCUGCAAAAAUCCUGAUGAAGAAAAGUUUCAGAAAGUAAAGCAAAGCAAUAAAGUUUUUCAGGUGAGAUUUUCACUCAAGAAGAUCCAAGAUCUAGAAAUUUUACUGGUUAAAAAAGGAAACUAGACAACGUGCUUUAGCAACAAAGUAAGCAAACUAUGAUGGGUGUAGGUACCAGCAUGUCUACUCAUCUCUGAUGCUUUGCAGAAGGUCAAUGUAUAUUAAAAUCUGACAUACUUAAGCUUAAUUUGUGAUUCAUUGCUCAAGAAAUCAUUACUCGAUCAUGGCCUACUUGUGUAGCACUCAACAUUGUCCCUCUGUUAGUUGCAUUUCUUGUGUGAAUUUGUUAGUUCAUUUUGUUCUUUUAUGCAGGAGCGUGUGAUGCCCAUCAAAGGAGCCGUACCAUUUCUUCUUGCCUGUGGAUUUGAAGAUAAAGUUCUUCCUGUUGAAGGUAUACUCUUGUUGUGGUACCCAGAGACAGUUUCAGUUGUGCGCAGUCAGUCUGAGAAAGAGGCACUUAAACUUUUGAGGAAUUAAGAUUAAGACUUCCUGCGUGCAAUUUGAUCUAGAAUGGCAGGUCACUGAAUGAACUUCAGAGAUAAAGGGGAAUGUUUCCUGCACAUUUUAUUUAUGGCUCUUACAGUUAAUUGUUUGUUUGUUUUACUUUUGUUUGUAUUUUUUUCGGUAUUUUUUUCCUCUGUUAAGAUGUAUGUGCUCUUCAAUAAAUAUUGAAAACUCAGCUAAACUGUGAAAAGUGCAUCCAUAUUUUGAUCCUUCCAAGUCUGUGCUUGUGCUUAGGAAUGAUUUAGAGUGAUCUGUCCGAGCACAGCGCAAAGACUGUUUAGACCAGAUGGUAGUAACAAUAACAUUGAUUUUAUUUUUCUUAGUAUCUUUGAGAUUCGUUCUAUUUUGCUAGAGUUGAUUCUCCAUUUUAAGUUUUUGCUGCCAAUUUAUGUCUGUAACCCAAAGAGCAGAGCUGCUAUGGUUCAUUUACGUGUGUAUAUGGUUGUUUUUUUUAGCAAGAUUUUUUUACUUUUCUCAUAUUUACCUGCCAGACUCUGAAGACAGAUUCUUUGUAUUACCCAAGGAGAAAAGCUCUGAUAGCGAACAUCUGAAAAUGUUCAAGGAAGUUUUACUUUCUAGUGAAGCUUUGAAGCCCAAGCUUGAUCGAUGCUUAAAGGUUUGUCAUUGCUUCGUACUUAAGCAUGCACGAUGCAUGUAUCGGUGUAUUGCGGUGCAGACCAGUGGAUCACAACUGAUCACCCCAUUUAUAGGCCAAUCUAUAUUUACACUUUUUGCCUCGUUAGCAUGAGCCUUUCAUUUUCUGAUCAAGCUAUUACAAAAAACUCUCCGAACAAAAAAAAGGGCAUAACAACUUCAGUUAUUUGUGAAAAUUUCAGCCCGGUAUACCGAAUAGUUUCAGAGAAAUUAUCUUUGAAAAAGCUCCAAAGUUUAAAAAAAUGUAUGAGCUCAUUAACGUUUUUGCUACCCAACAAUUUUGCAAUUUCCAAUGGUGGCUAUUUCCUUUGUUGUUGCUUGCAAAGAGCUAAAAAUUGCACAAAAUGUUCAAAUUAACCAACUCUUUCAACUUUUGAAUUAAAUUUGUGUCUAAUAUUAUAUUGGCGCAGUCUUUGGGUUAACUCGUAUACAAAUAAGCAACAAUGUCAACUAUAACGCAGUAAAGAUUCGCCUAUAGAAUCUGUAGAACUAGUUUCAAAGGGGGAAGGGGAAGUGGGGGAACUGUCAUAUACAGGUCGCAUAGGUUUGUUCUACUCUGAAGAGAGGGCAGUCUGGGGUAUGGUAUGGAAAUCAAAAGGUGCACUGCUGGCCUACUUAACUGCGAUGAUCAUUCUUCACUUUCAUCUACAACCGCAGUUCAAAAAUGAAUUAUUUCAUAUAUACUUCACAACAGUUUAAAUGUUGUUUGUAACUACGAUUUUUUAGGUGUACAAACCUUCAAGUCAUGCCAGCCGUUUUGAAGUUCCCAGUGAUUUCUUUAACAAGACGGCUGAUGAAGUUAAAAGAGAACAGCUUUCAAGGUAUCACAUUUUCUAAUCUUUCUUUUUUUUUCUGCUCAGGUGUAUGCUAAUUAGUUACCAUUGAAAUCAUGCUGUGGGGGGAGGGGCAGUGAUGGAUGAGUAUCGUGCCCAGGGGUGGGAGGGGUAACUCUAGAAACCAACAAAGGCCUGCGUGGAUCGUGGCUCUGACUUCCAAGGAGGACUUGAUUCAAAUUAUUAUUCUCACAACCUGCUUCCCAUCACAGGUUAUGUCACAGCGCGUGAUAAUAAUUUGUGUGGCCUACAGUCAACUCCCGAUAACUCGAACUUUCAAGGGAAAUCGAAAAAAGGUUCGAGUUAACGGGAUUUCGAAGAAAAUAGCCGAGAGUAAGGUAAAAAAAAACAGUUUUUACUGCACAGUGAACAUUUUAAUCACAUUUAAUUGUAGAAAUGUCAAGUGAAAAUUAAAAGAUACUUCUAGUAUAUAAAUCAGAACGUAACGUAACAAAACAUAGCCUAAAUAGAGCAUGCGUUUUACUGUUUUGAGAAGAAAAGCUGCUUCACGUUAGCCUGUGACAAUCAACAUCAGCCUCCACUAGUAAACUAUACUCCUACAACACGUCAAUGGGAAAUCCAAAAUUCAAUGUUUCGGACGCCCGUAGACGGUUUUUUCCCGACUUUUUGAGGGUUCAAAACUUAUCGAGGGUAAGAUUAUACAGAAAAUGACCUGAGGGGAAACGAAAAUUGGUUCGAGUUACCGGGAGUUCGAGUUAUCGAGGGUUCGAGUUACCGAAGGUAAAAUUACAGUGAACGUAUGACGUAAAUCCAGAGGAAAUCGAUUUUGGUUCGAGUUAGCGCGAGGUUCGAGUUAACGAGGGUUCGAGUUAUCGGGAAACGACUGUAUUACAUUUGUUUCUGCGCUGGUUGGUCUUCAUUGAGCUGAUGUAUAACCAAAACCAACUGAAAGGAACGAGGACAGUGGUAUUUCGUCAAUAAGUUAUCCAUGUGAUUCGGAAAAAAAAAUUAAAGUUCUCUGAACACAGGAGUCGAACUGUGACCUUCUGGUUUCUAGUCCAGAUGCUCUAGCACUGAGCUAUAGGAGACUAAGGGGGAACUAAGUCCUUCAGCGUAAAUUUAUUUAACAAUAUGCUGCAUCUGCAAGGACUGAAAUGUCGAUAGGCGGCAUAUGAGCAAAUGGCAUUGAUAUAAAUGUGAGCCAGGGUGAAUUUUAAGCCUGAAUAUGCGAAUGAUGCUUCUUCGGUUAGUGAUAAAGGUCAUGCAGCAAAAAUUAAAAUCGCCAUGUUUUGCCAACAGUGUUCGAACCUAUAAAGACCUUUGGCCACUUUUUGUCACUUUUCUACGAAAGUUUGAGUGAGAACCAAUCAUGUAUACUUGUAUCUGUGAUCAUGUAUUGGAAAAUCCGUGAGUGACAGGAGCUGUUUUUAGUUUACGUGAAUUAUCUCUAUAAAAUUGAUUUUCUUCCCUUUUUUACCAGAACUGAGGAAAUUGAACGCAGCAGUCAGCUUAGAACCCGAGCAAUGCGUGAGGCCGAGAAGCGCCCUUCCAAGACAUACCGUUUUACCUUGAUACGGGUUCGAUUUCCUGACGGUUAUAUUCUUCAAGGUACAUGCAAAUAUACUGCAUGUAAAUCCACUCGUUUUUACGCGUUUUAGUUUUCAACAUAAUGUGGAUAAUGAAUGCUUCUUACUGUUUUCUUUUUGGUAGGUACGUUUUAUUCCCGCGAAAAACUUCGGGAUGUGUUCGAGUUUGUUCGCCAGUCACUCGUGUCCGACUGGCAACCGUUUGUAUUGUCGGAAGCCACUGGGCAGCUUACAGAUGAAAAUGCAAUACUUAUGGACCUUGGUUUGGUAAGUAGUUGAGUUAAAAUGUUGGCUUUGAUCGGAUAAUCAAGAUUCGAGCUGCUCAAGAAUCGAAGCUUUGGAAUCGAGAUUCGAUUUUGAAUGUGCUGGCAACUAAAGAAAUAGCCUGUGAAAACAGCGGACAUUCGCGACGUCACCAUUAGUUUCCCCGCGAUUUUAAAGCGAAUAAACCUCUGCUCAUUAGGGUGCAUUAUUUUUUACUACAGGUACCUGCGGCUCUGGUGAAUUUUAAAUGGGAUCCAAGUGUUAUGAGAGACAUUGUAGCAGCUCAAGGACAAGUGGACGAAAACGUCUUCUUAAAACCUGCCCUACUGCACUUAGUACAAGAACUAAGCUAAACUACCAAUGUGGAAAUUUAAAGAAUUAUAUUAGAGUACGGUUCUCUGCGAAACGGACGCUGUAAAUCUGCAGCGUAGUGUAAUUCAUGUCGAAGGUUUCUGUGUUUUUAAAAGAAGCUGUGUCACGAAAUUUAUCAAAACUGAAACGAUGGAAACUGCCAGCAAAUGGAGACUACGACGGGAAAAUGCCUAAUUUCACGUUUUAUGGAGGACGUAAACAAGUGACCGCUUAUUUUUCUUUCUGUUUCUGAACUUGAAUAUGAUUCUUAGGAAUUCGGCUUAAAAAGAGUUCGCUUGAAUUUGACAAAGUAAAUUAGUUGGAGUAAUCGCGAUAGAGAUUAAAAGAACGCAAAUUCACUUUUUAAGCGACGUUUUGUAGGCCGUUGCCGUCAUGGUCCUGUUUGUCAAGUUCCAUAGCGAAUAAGGACACGUUAUUGGCAUUAUCAACAAUAUUGGAGAGCUUAAGCAACAAGGACGGCAACGGCUACGAAAACCUCAAUCAAUUAUCGUCAAGUCGCGCUGCUUCAAAC